CCAAUAGAAUCUGUGUUGACAACUGGAAGCGGUGCACACAUCCUAUUUCCGCGUACAUUCAACAGGAUCUGCAAAGAUUUGUCUGGUGAAAGUGUUUUCUACAAAGAAAUAUAGAAGACGGAAGAUGGAUUUUUAACGACUGCAUCCCAUGCAGGACUAAAACGCUACUAUGUAAAUGUAUCCAGAGGUUACAGUGACUCUGUGGGACGUAUGACAUUUAACCACCGAACAGAGAUACCCCGCAUCAGAGAUACCCCGCUCAGGUGCGCGCACCUACGGCGGAGGAAUUAACGUCAUGCGACACCUGAUAAAACUCGGGGCCAACCCUGCAGCCGUGGCCUUCUCCAUGACGACUCUCGGUGCUGGCAUGAUGAACAGUAUAUUCAGCUUCUAUUAUGUCAAACUCUUUCUCAAUAAGUACCAAAUAUCAGAGGGUGCAUUCCAUCAGUCACAAGUCGUGUACAUGAUCUGGAACGCGGUGAACGACCCUCUCUUCGGUUACCUCCAGGACAACUCCAAAGUGCAAUGCUGCUCACGCCGCCGCCUCGCCAUCCUGUACGGCGCGCCGCUCUACUCCCUCGCCUUUCUGCUGGCCUGGUAUCCAUGGCGAGAGUACAGCCCCGGCGAUUGGAUGUGUGGCCUGCAUCUCACAGUGGCGUUGUGCGCGUUCGACGGCAUGCUGACCUUUGUGCUGCUCUCCCAGUGCGCCCUGUUCGCCGAGAUAUCCGGCCACCAUCAGAGCCGCUUGAGACUCAUUAAGUACAACCAGGUGGCGUCUCUGAUUGGCUCAUCCAGCGUGCUGUUCUGUGGCCUCUAUUCCAGGAACAUGGAGGACUACUCGGCCUUCCAGAGUGCUAUGGUUUUGGUGGCGGUGCUGAGCUGCGGCUGCAUGUUCUACACUGGCCUCCACAGCGAGAGCCGCUUUGACAACAAGGGCUCCGGCACGUCAUCGCCGUCGUCGGCACCGACAGAACCCGGGGACGACAAAAAAUCCGGCCAACCGGCCCUCUCGUUCGCCGCGGUGGUCUCCAUGACAUGCCAGAUCCUGUCUGAACGCAACUUCCAGCUGUUUGUGGUCAUGAACUUCUUCCAGGUGUUCAUGUUGGCGUUCUUCAAUAACUUCACCAUGAUAAUCACCGAGCACCUCAUUCCACUAAAUGUGCUCCCGCCGCUGGCGAAGAGUCUGAUGUACGGCGCUGGAUUCAUAUGUCCACAGAUCCUAGUGCUGAGCAGCCAGAAGCUGCUCCUUGAUCUUGGGUACUACAAGAUGAUUCUGUACACCUUCUAUGUAGAGGGGGUCAUGGCCAUGGUGAUGCUGGCCCUCGGUCCCCAGCACCACUACGUCCUGGCGGUCUUUCUCUCCGUCAACAUGGUUUUAAUACAGGCAUCGUUCAGUUUGUUCAACUUGCCUUUGGCUGACAUCAUCGACUCAGACCUACAGAAGUAUAAACGCAGCUCUCCUCUCUCAUCAAUGGUGUUCGGAACCAAUGCUUUGUUCACCAAACCCGCCCAGUCUCUGGCCCCUAUGCUCGUGGUGACCAUCCUCAACCAGUUUAACUAUGAAGACCUGAAGGUUAUCACCAAGACCUCCAACCCAGAAGCCACGGAGAGCCUGCACAGCGUCAUGUUCUACCUCGUGUGUUUGAUCCCCCUGAUAAUCUCCACCACACAAGCCCUGGCCUGGAGACCGUUCUCCAUCCGCAACAGUCACACAGUCGACACAAAGUACAUCGACGGAUAACUUCAGCCGCAGUUUAACCUUAGACAACUAGUUUACAGUUGUAGGUGACGUCAAUGUAAUGUAGCAUUUUAGAGGACAAGGGAUCUUUGUCAUUUACUGUGGGGGGUUUUCUGUCGUUACAAAGGGAACUUUUAUAUUACCAGCCCCCAUGUUGAAAUUAGACUGUGAAUGUUAUCUAUGUUCUUCAAAGCUCUGGAGCCGGUCUGUGCCUUUAGUUAUCUACUACAAUGUAGUAGACGUACAUCUCUUGAUUUGUUUUUGUGAAUGAGGGAGAAUGUGGUUUGGUAUUUUUUUUUGUCUUAUUAUAAAUCAAAUCAAACAAUCGCCUAAUUUGACUUUGUAUUUGUUUAUUAAGAAAAAAUUAUGAAACUAAAUUAAUAUACAAUAAUAUAUAAUGCUGCAUUAAUAGUUUGACCACAUCUUGACUGGAUCUGUGCUGACUUAAUUGAUGAUGAAGCAAAACAAUAAAGGAUGUGAUUUGGGGAAAAAUAGUUAAUGUCAUUAUUUGACCCUUCCAUCCUUCCAGAAAACUAUUUUCAAAGCUUGACGGCCUGUCUGACACAAUCGAAAAACAUCCUAGAUUCUGUAACAACCCUUUCAAUAUACAUAUUGAGAUGUGAUUGAUAGUACACAUCUCCCAAUUUUCUUUCAUUUAUUUCGAUAGAAAACACCAAUGCGUAACUUGUUUGGGGUUUUGGUGUCACCUUGAUGCGUAUUUCAUUUCCUCGGGUCGGUCGGGAACGGUGCUUAGACAUUUUGAUAGAUGUCAUCAUUGGAUGCCUGUCAAAAGAUGUUAAUUGUUUAGUAAUUAAUUGUGAAUUUUUUUUUAAUGCAUGCUUGUUUCCACAGUGUUUCUCAUGCGAGUCGAGGCAAAACAAAGUUUUAUUUAGGUUACAGGGCGAU